AUGUCAGAAGAGUUCGGCAAGCCCGUUUGGUUGAUCACAGGAUCCAGUUCUGGACUUGGACUCGCGUUGACCCGUUACGUCCUCUCGCAGGGACACAGGGUAAUCGGCACUUCUCGAAACCCAUCCCGAAUACCAGAGCUAGUUUCCGAAGUAGAGAGUCAAGGCGGCAAGUGGUUGGCGCUGGAUGCGACACAACCAGAGCAUGAGAUCAAGAACAUUAUGCGACAAGCAGAGUCUUUUUUCGAGCACAUCGACGUACUGGUUAACAAUGCUGGGUUUUGUGUGCUCGGGAUGAGAAAGCGCAGGUCAGGUGUCAUCAUGAAUGUGUCGAGCACCCAGGGUUUGGUCGCCAGUCACGCUUGUGGUGUUUAUGCUGCCAGCAAGUUCGCACUGGAAGCGAUCUCUGAAGCUUGCAGAGCCGAAGUAGCGGCGUUUGGAAUACAAGUGCUCAUCAUUGAGCCUGGUGCUUUCCGAACCGAUUUUGGAUCCACUGCUUCAGGGAAGCAUAUCGAGCCUUCCGAAGAAUAUGCAGGAGACCACGUCGUGGCUAGAAGGCUGGCUCAAAUCGAAAGCCUGCCCCGAGUUGCAAGGGGCGAUCCAGACAAGGCUGCAAAGGUCAUGUUCGAGGCUGGAACCGGGCAAGGAGAAGCUGGUGAGCUCAUCCAGAAGGAAAACAUCCUUAGAGUCAUCCUUGGCCCGGACAGUUGGAAGGGAAUCGAUGCAAAGAUCAAUGAACUGAGGAGAACUGCUGACCUUGUCAAGGAUGUUGCUGCGUCCACUGACCUAUGA